CAGACAUACAGAACCCCCCAUUCAGACAGGUAUGAGUGACGUUCAUGCGACACAUACAUCAUGUGUGUGUGUGUGUGGCUGCCGUGUGCGUCCAUCCGUCCAUUGAAUGACACACUCCAAAGUCCACAACACAUGCACGUACACACAGACAGACAGACAGACAGCACGGCGGGUGCCAUCACAGCACGACAAGGCCAUCCAUCGACCACGUGACCCAAUAGAGUCGUCGUGGGUCGUUUAGCAAGCUAUUCCAUAUCAAGACCACGUGGACGCAGUGACAAACUCUGUACAAUUCAGUCACUGCCGUCCGUGGCCGGGCGACUGGCCAGUCAGUGUUGUCCCUCUCCCUCCCUCCCUCCCUCCCUCCCUCCCCGCCUCUACGCCAGUCGGUCUAUGGCGGCCUUCUUGGUCAUCUCGACAAUGAAUGUGGGCGACUGGUCGCCGUCCGGGUCGCCCUCGGGAAUGGGCAGCUGCACGUCGUAAUACUGCCCGCACCGCCGCACACACUGCAUGAGCUCCAUGGCCGCCCCCCGGGCGGUCUGCGCUGGUUGAGUAGGUGAGACCCACAGCAUGAUUGUGGCCAUGUCGGGCAUGAGCAGGAGGGCCAGCUUGAAGAGCGACCACAUGCUGGCUGCCGAGACUAUUCCAUCGAUCUGGGUGAUGGACAGCUCCUUGACGGGCGGUGCGAGGGGCGGGGCGAGCACCAAAGGGGGCAGCUCCACUGGCACACGCUGGCAGUAGACUCCCAACUUCUCCAGCUUCUCGGUGCGAUCCUGUCAAAUAAACAGAUGAAUAAGGACGCAGAUUGACGGAUUGAUGGGCAUUCAUUCACAGAUGGAGCUAAGCUGACUGACCUUGAGGUACAAGAGGCAGUUGGCGGUGGUCGAUCGGCCCAUGUAGUUAAGCCACAGCCGCUGGAAGGACGGCAGGGCGUUCGUCAUGAUGCGGCUGAGAGGGUUGGGCGGCGCGGUAAUGACGCUGUCGCCGCCCGUCGAUCGGCCGAUGCGCUCGAGAGUGAGGUCCUCGACGUUGGGGUAGCGCUCUGGCUCAUUGAUGAGGAAGUUGGGGAUGGUGCUGAAGUCGUUAUCAUGCACGUCGAGCAACUCGUCGUUGCUCCGGCUGAAGGAUAUCGUUAGCUCCGACGCCCCACUGAACGGCGGUAGGAAGCUCCAUCGCUGACAAAUGCACCAAAGAUACAUAUCCAAGUUGUGGGUGCAUUGAUGCGCGUGCUUGUUUGUGUGUCUGUGGCUGACCUCAGGCAGCCGGACACCCCCAUAGAUGAUCUCCACUGAUCGACGAAGGCACACAGAAAGUCACAUGAGUCAUGCACAUCUGCCGGGGCAGGUGGCUCUCAUAUGGCACCAUAUUUUGACACUGCGGCGAGUUCCUCGGCCAUUCUGCGGACGACCGGGUGGAGAGGCGGCGGAUGGACGACAUUGUUUUCGACACUCACGCAAUCCAGUUUCAUGCUGACAGGGGACACAGAAGGCAUCCAACUCAGUGUCGAUAGGCGCAUGAAGGGCUGUGGUGUGGAGUGGAAUGUCUGUGCCACACACAUGCUCCAGUUGCUGUACGUGACCUCGCAGCCGAUGGUCUCCAGCUGCUCGAUGAACCCGACAGCUGCACACACCACAUGACCCCCACAGAUGUCUCGUCGCAGCCCCACUGUGGCUGCUCUCCUCACCGCUCAGUCCGUGAGGUCCAGCAGUGCUGGUCAUCCGGCCCGUCAGCCGCUCAUCGACGCAUAGCUUGCACCACAGUGUCGCCCUUUUCUUCUUGGUGUCGUUCCUGCGGCCCCACAGCUGCCGAAGCACAUCCAGGAACGGCUGCAGCGCGUCGAAGGGUGCGUCGGGGUGCGACAGGUUGUCGUGAAUGCAGAACCAGUCGAGCAUGGUCAGGUGGGUCAUGCUCACGAGGAGGGGAAAGGAAUGCGGCAGCCGACGGGGGUCUGACACACCCAGGCAGGCUGGUUGGUGUGUCUGGGUGGGUGUCACCUUACAAGGUGUGAAUGGGUAGAUGCAGAGUCGCUGCAGCUUCUUGGACGUGCUGAGGAAGUGGGCCAACGGCUGGUCGACGAACGACUCGGUGAUGCGGUCAUCAUCGUAUCUGUCGUUCUCACAGUCCAUGCCGCAGAACAUGUCGCCCUCCAGCUCAAUCAGCUCGGGCCUGCACAUACACUCAUACAAACACGGGCGCAUAGCUACGUCCCCCUGGCUGUCGUGUGUCAUCGAUGGCUUACGUACCAUUCGAAGCCCUCGGUAACCAUGCGCACAAAGUACCGCAGGCUGUCCACAUGCAGCUUCCAGACGUGAGGGAACACGAUGCGGUCGGCGGGGGGGGGAGGCGUUACAGCAGGGGGGCUGCCGGGCACCUGCCCGUCAGCAGGGAACUUCUCGCUCUCCAUGCCGUCGAGUGUGGUGAUGACGAGCUUCUGCAGCACGGCGGGCGAGCGGCGGAUGGCGGCGAUGACCAUCUCAUUAACGGGCCACUUGGGAUCCAUCUUGACCACGAUGCUCUGGUGGUGGGUGCGCUCAAGCCGGCUCGUGACGUGGGCUGGCAGGUUCCAGAAGACCUCCUUGUCGAUGUGCAGGUGGCUGUAGAGGGAUGAUGCUCCGCCGGCCCGUCCGGUGUGGGGCUUCAUGAUGCUCGAUGAUGGCUCGCCGGUGACGCAUGUGCAGAAGUGCCGGGAGACCUCUGAGAUCUGCUUGGUGCCGUACGUCGUGCUGAAGAAUGAGCCGGCGUAGGACAGCACCUCGUUGGGCAUCGAGCGGAAGCCGGUGAACGGCACCUGAAUGAACGAGCCAGGGGACAAGGAUGAUUCAUUCAUUCGUUGAUGACGGAUCUGUCGGUCUUUUUGUCGUCUGUGUAAACUGACCUUCUCAUCUGCCGAAGCAGCCCGUAUUCAUCCAUCAUGACAAACAGG